AUGAAGGGGGAAAGACCUGCAGGCCCAGAACUAAAAGAAGGAUCAGGCAGAGCAGGAAAAGCCUCCAGGGAAGUCCAGCUGGAUUACGCGACAGAGCGACCAGGAUGGGACCCAUUGCAAGAUGGGAAAGGGGAACCAUUGAAGGGGAUUCAAGAGCGCUGGGAAGCCCAAUGGCAGGAGUUCCUGAGGACACUGCAGCCCCUUCACACAACGCAGGGAAGCCCAGGGAUGUCAGAGAUGGCACCAUGGGAAGAUACCAAGGCCUUUCUGGCCUCCUUUGAGCAAGUGGCCAAGGCCUGCCGGUGGCCUAGAGGAGAGUGGGCGGCCCGGCUCCUGCCAGCACUGAGCGGGGAAGCAGAAGAGGCCUUUCGGAGCCUGGAAGCCAGAGAUCAGGAGGACUAUGGGAAAGUGAAGGCGGCCAUCUUGCGAGGGGAAGCCCUGAGGAUGGAGGCGCAGCGCCAGCACUUCAGGCAAUUCUGCUGCCAGGAGGUCAGAGACCCCCGAAGGAUUCACAGCCAAGUCCAGGAGCUUUGCCGGCAGUGGCUGAAGCCAGAGAGACACAGCAAGGAGCAGAUCCUGGAGCUGCUGAUCCUGGAGCAGUUCCUGGCCAGCCUGCCAGUGGACCUCCAGGGCUGGAUCCGGGCAGGAGGGCCGGACACCUGCUCCCAGGCCGUGGCCCUGGCCGAGGACUUCCUCAUGAGCCAGAAAGAGGACAGGACAGUGACCUUGCAGGAAGAGAUGGAUAGCUGUGGAAGUCGCCUGUGUUUGCAGAUCGUCAGCUCGAAUUUGCCCCAGCCAGCGCAGCAGACCACACUCUGGCAAGUCCUGCAGGAGGACGGGGGGAACGUGGAGCCUUCAGGCAACUGGAAGGGAAGCAAGGUCAAGAUGGAGGACUGUCAGUAUGGAGGAAACGAGCCACAGGAUAUGUCUGGGAAAGCAUCACAGAUGGGCCAAGUGAAUGUGAUGGAGACAGCUGAGAUGCAUAAAGAAAGAUGCAAGUCCAAAAUGGGUCAGGAGACAGAGACAGAGAGAAGAGAGAAUGAAUGUCAUAAAGUCACGGAAGAUCUUACAGCUGCGUUUAGUCCCCCUUCCAAAGGACGCACAGGGGACAACAUGCCCAUGUUCUCAAAACAUGAGAAAAUUGAUACUAUAUUGAAACCAUACAAAUGUUCUCAGUGUGGGAAGUGCUUCACUACGAGAUCCAGUUUGAGAAGACACCAGAGAAAUCAUUCUGGAGAGAAACCAUACAAAUGUUCUCAGUGUGGGAAGUGCUUCUCUCUGGGAGACACAUUGAAAAGACAUCAGAGAAUUCAUUCUGGAGAGAAACCAUACAAAUGUUCUCAGUGUGGGAGGUGCUUCAGCGAAAGAAGCUCGUUGAAGACACAUCAGAGAACUCAUACUGGAGAGAAACCAACUCAUACUGCAGAGAAACCAUACAAAUGUUCUCAGUGUGGGAAGUGCUUCAGUGAGAAAACCAAGUUGAAGAUCCAUCAUAGAACUCAUAGUGGAGAGAAACCAUACAAGUGUUCUCAGUGUGGGAAGUGCUUCAGAGAGAAAACCAAUUUGAAGAUCCAUCAAAGAACUCAUACUGGAGAGAAACCAUACAAAUGUUCUCAGUGUGGGAAGUGCUUCAGAGAGAAAUCCAAGUUGAACAGACAUCAGAUAAUUCAUUCUGCCCAGAUGGCGAAGAGCCUCCGCUGGGGCUUCUCCUCAGGCCUGCUGGAAGGCAGAAACAAAAAUGAGCAGGGAUCUCCUCGGGCCCUCGCCCCCCACACUCCCAGACCCAGCGCCCUGGCCAUACAGGGCUCCACCUGCCAGUUUGGCGGAAAUUUGCGGCUGGUGAAUCUCCGUCGAUAUCCACGGCGUUGGCGUUGGCCCAAGAUGGGGGAACGAGCCAGGAUUUCCCCGCUUAGCAAGUCAGACUUGCCUUCUGCUCCUGGCUCCCCUCCAGCGGUCUCUGGGUCCCGGCUGAAGUGA